AUGAAGUCCGUCUUUACUUUCUUCCUUCUCCUUACGGUUAGCUAUGGAUUCAUUUUGGAUAGUGUUACUAACAAGAAGGUCUGUUAUGGAGAGCUUGGGUGCUUUAGCACUGAUGCUCCAUUUAAUGGCCUCGAGCGACCUAUCACCGUGGUACCUGCGUCACCAGCUGACAUCCAGACUAAGUUCCUUCUGUACACGAGAGACAAUCCGACGUCAGCCAACGAACAGGUGUUGUCUUAUUCCGACCCGUCCUCCAUUCUGUCCUCCUACUAUUCAAGAGAUAAGCCUACCAAGUUCAUUAUCCAUGGCUUUACACACCACGGUCACCGUCAAUGGAUCCUAAACAUGAAACAAGCUCUCCUGCAGAAGACGGACAUGAACGUGAUCGUCGUAGACUGGGGUCAGGGAGCAGGUAUUCCGUACGCCCAGGCCACGGCUAACACUCGAGUAGUAGGCGCACAGACCGGCCAGCUUAUACUCACGCUCAUCAAUGUCACUAACACCCAAGCUGCAAACGUCCAUGUCAUCGGCCAUAGCCUUGGAGCCCAUAUCGCAGGAUACGCUGGUGACAGGGUACCACAUCUCGGACGGAUUACAGGUCUUGACCCCGCCGACCCCUACUUUCAAGGUGGCGACCCCGUCAUUCGAUUGGAUGCCACGGACGCUGACUUCGUUGACGUCAUACAUACUGACGCCUCUAGUAUUCUGGAAUUGGGAAUGGGAGCCAUUCAACAGAUGGGUCACGUGGACUUCUAUCCAAAUGGCGGGAAAGAUCAGCCCGGAUGUGACGCGGGUUUGCUGGGAAAGGUAUCUCACACCGUCUGGAAUGCUGUUACACAGCUUGACUACUAUGCUGGAGAGGCGACCGUCGCGUGCAGCCACGAGCGGUCGUAUGAACUGUUCACAGAGUCAAUAUCUAGCACAUGUCCUUUCAGGGCCUAUCCUUGCACGAGCGAUACCGAGUUUAACCAAGGCCAUUGUCUCAGAUGUAACGGUGACGAAUGUUCUAACAUGGGUUACGAUUCGAUCAACUUCGCCGCACGAGGAUCUCUGUACCUUAAAACACAACCCACCGCUCCCUUCUGUAAUUACCACUACCAGAUCAACGUGACAGGGAAAAAUAACAUGGAUGGGAUAUUGACUGUUGUUCUCCAAGGUCAAAAGGGCAACUCAAGCCCAGUCAAACUGAUGAGUGACAACGAGGUCCACACUCAAGGUCACACAAUCUCCAAAUUCAUCACAAUCAAGGAAGAUAUUGGAGAUAUCCAGGCUGUAGCUAUGCAGUAUGACAAGACAUCCAGCACACUUACGGGGUGGGCGUACCCCGAGGAUUGGGUUCUGAUGGGCGUGGCCCUCAUGGAUGGCUCCAACCAACAACUGUCAUCUUUCUGCGGCUACGGCAAAUCCAUUACUAACCACAAGGCUAUAAGCAUGGGACUCGUGGGCACCUGUUAA